AUGGACUCUUUUCAUAUAAUUGAGCUUAUAGGCUCAGGUUCCUACGGGUAUGUAUUCAUCAUUAAUAUAAAUAUAGAACAGUCUUUCACACACAACAUUAUGACUGACCGUCAGAUUAUUCAUUAUAAUAAUGAUUACAGCAAAGUAUACAAAGCCAUAAGUCUAAUGACAAAUAAAUUGGUUGCACUUAAAGUGAUAUCCAUCAUGAACACUGAAAAUGGUGUGCCAGUAGAAGUUAAAUACCUAAGCAAACUGAGAGAAUGCAAAAAUAUAGUUCAACUAACAGAUCAUUUCUAUACAAAUGCUCAUCAAUAUUAUUUAAAUCAUCAAAUUGCACAACCAUCGAAUCAACAACAAACAACACAACAACCAAUUCAACAAACAGUUCAACAGCAACAACCAAUACAACAACAACAGCAAAUUAAUAAGAAUAGUGUUCAAUUUCUAACAAAUAACAAUAGUAAUAAUAAUAAUAAUAAUUCGAAUAUUGUCAUUAUAAAUAGUAAUAACAACAACAACAACAAUCAAAGCAAUAAUAAUUCAAUUAAUUUAGAUCAAAGUAAUCAAACUUCACCCAGUGAUAACAAUCAAUCACCAUGUACCGAACCAUCGAGUAGUAGCAGUGGUAGCUCUUACUACUCUGAUUCUUCAUCUUCGCCAGUUAGCAGCUUCAACUCUGACUACUCAUCACCUUUGCUCUACACCACCAAACGUAAACUGAUAGCAUACCAACCACCUUUACAACAACAACAAGAUUAUAAGAGAUCUCGGUCUUAUCAACCACUAUUGUAUCAUACAAUGAUAGGAGGUACGGAAGCAAAUCCUAUUGUUGACUACUAA